AUGGCGCCACCACGACCUGCUUUGGCUCAAAGCGAAUCUAAAGCUCGAUUUUUCGAACGACUUGGCCUCGACGAAAGAAAUGAGUUCCACCGCCGUGAGGAAGCUGUAGAAGGUCGGAGAAGAAUGACCGAGAGCCAGGACGUGCUUGUACCUUCACUCCGAGGCAAUUCAAACGUCGAACCGCCGUACAGCAACGCUCAAAUCAGCGAGACCGUCACUCAUCGAGAAAUCCUCAGAAUAUACCGCUUAGCACGGCCGGAAACCAAAGUCGUUUACGACUUGGGCCGAGACACCGAUCGAGUGGAAGAGGAGAACUGGGUCAUUCGAUGGAUGCUGUGGCACGUCUUUCGAUAUCGAGACAGUCGCAAUAGGAAUCGCAGGCAUGUUUCGCCCAGUCCUGAUCGUGGGCAACCUACCAAUCCGAGCAUCUCAGCGAUUGCGGGAAAUUCAUCGUCUCAUCACCAUUGUAAGCGACCGAUGUACCAUGCAUCGAUUUGUCAUGUACAGGCCGACUGA